AUGGAACGCCCCGCUAAGCGAAAGCGUGUCGACGAGCCGAAGGACCGUAUUACGCCACGGUCCCUGUCGCGACCCAUCACACCCCCGCGAGCGCUGCAGAGUCGAGGGCCACGAGUGCUCCCGUCACCAUGGCAGCUCACAUGGAUCCGCGAUCUCCCCGAGGAGCUCAAUCGCGAUGCGGUGUCUCUCAAGGACCUCCUGGGUGACCCGUUGAUAAGCGAAUGUUGGGAGUUCAACUUUCUCCAUGACAUAGACUUCCUCAUGAGUGCCUUCGACGCCGAUACCAAGCACCUCGUCAAGGUCCACGUGGUACACGGAUUCUGGAAACGUGAGGAUACAAACAGACUGAUACUUGCUCAAGAGGCGUCCAAGUUCAGCAACGUCCAGCUUCACGUCGCACCAAUGCCCGAGAUGUUUGGGACUCAUCACUCCAAGAUGAUGAUUCUGUUUCGCCACGACGACACGGCGCAGGUCAUCAUACACACCGCAAACAUGAUCGCCAAGGAUUGGACCAACAUGACAAACGGGGUUUGGAAGUCUCCGCCGCUCCCGAAACUGGGCGGCCCACCAAACGCCUCGCGCGGCUCGCGUUCGGCGCCGUUGGGGACAGGCGAGAAGUUCAAAUGGGACCUGCUCAGCUACCUGACAUCCUAUGACCGCCGGAUACCUACCUGCAAACCCCUGGUAGAAGCGCUUGUGGAGUAUGACUUCUCCCAGAUCAGAGCUGCGCUGGUUGCUAGCGUCCCUGGCACGCACAACGUGCAUGACCAGUCCGAAACUGCAUGGGGAUGGGCGGCUCUCAAGAAGUGUCUACGGCUGAUACCGUGUGCCGAGGGGGACUCCAACAUCGUGAUCCAAGUAUCAUCUAUCGCGACACUCGGCGGGAAAGAUGACUGGCUUCAGAGGACGUUGUUCGACCCUCUUUCUGGCGCUAAAGGCCAACAGAUCUCCAAGAGACCAAAGUUCAGUGUCAUUUACCCGACUGCGGAUGAAAUCAGGCGAUCUCUGGACGGAUACGCCUCAGGGGGCUCUAUCCACACCAAGAUUCAGUCCCAGCAACAGGUCAAGCAGUUGCAGUACCUAAGGCCCAUCUUGCAUCACUGGGCGAAUGACUGCGAAAGGGGGAGGAGCCUGCCCCCGGAACUCAAGUUGUCGGAUGGCGGUCGAAACCGAGCAGCGCCGCACAUCAAGACAUAUAUCCGGUACAACAGCCGCGGGUCACUUGAUUGGGCGAUUCUCACGUCUGCGAAUCUUUCCAAGCAGGCCUGGGGCGAGGCGGCGAAGUCGGGCGGGGAGAUGCGCAUCGCGUCAUGGGAGAUUGGUGUGCUGACCUGGCCAGAGUUGUACGGCGAGAGCAGCGUCAUGGUGAGCUCGUUUAAGACGGAUACGCCGACCAUUGGCGAUGAUGAGCACCGCGAAAAGGGUCCUGUCGUUGGGCUUCGCGUGCCGUACAGCUUGCCGUUGCAGCCUUACGGGUCGGAAGAGGAGCCGUGGGUGCCUACAAUGGCUCACAUGACACCCGACCGCUUUGGGCGCACCUGGGACGGCUAG